AUGGAACGCCAAUACCGCCGCCCCAAAUUAGCUUCUGCAGCAGCUCUCGGCCAUGUGGAAAAGGGGGUGCGCUUUGAUUUAUUGGACCAGGAGAGAAACGCCGGCAGUAAGGUCCUUGUUCCUAGCAUCGCCAUCAUUGGGAUCAGACAGGAGAAAGCGGAGGUUGAUCAUCCUCAUGCUCUCGGCUACAGGGUAAAUCAAAGGCUUUCCCUUGCAAUUCAAUCACUACACGUGCAUGGUUAUUACAUUGGAUGGAAGUCCAUUAACAUUUAUGGGAUUGGUAUACAUGGAUGGAUGGAUUAG